AAAUGAAUCACUUUGCUUUUGUCGUCGCUCGCGAGCACCGCCUGAGUCAAUCUCAUUCGCGGAUUAAGUCGGUGUUAGUUAGCUUUUAGUUUUCCAUUCUGUUCACAUUGUUUUUAAUGUCCUCUUGGCAAAAGUAAGGAAAAUUAGUAGGUCUACUAUUACUUUAUCUUUUGCACCUUCCGUAACGAAUAUUGAUCGGGAACUGGUUAGUUAAGUGUAAAAUAUUGAACCAAGUGAAAAAAAAGAGUCCGCUGCUUUAUUACUGCCCCCUUCUGGAAGUGCAACCAAGGAGAACAAGAGAAAUUUUGCAUCUCGCUUUUUGUGUGUAAACCGUGCGGAAGAGAUUGUUCGGAAGUUCCUUGCUUCUUCGCAAAACGUGAACCCCCCCGGUAUGGCGAACUUGAAGCAGAUCCCGUUGACCUGUUCCGGCCACACACGACCCGUGGUACACCUGGACUUCAGCGAUUUGACCGACUGCGGAUAUUUCCUCAUAUCGGCUUGCAAAGAUGGCAAACCAAUGCUGCGUCUUGGCGACACCGGAGAUUGGGUUGGUACAUUCGAGGGCCACAAGGGAGCGGUUUGGGGCGUCGCGCUCAACAAUAAAGCCACGUUGGCGGCAUCGGGCGCCGCCGAUUUCACCGGGAAGAUCUGGAACGCGGUCACCGGUGAGGAAGUGCAUAGUUUGCAACACAACCACAUCGUCAAAACAGUCGCAUUUGAUAGCAAUAGCCAAUGCCUAGUCACCGGAAGUAACGAAAAGUUGGUGCGAGUGUUUGACCUGAACGCUUCGGGCUCUGCGGUGGAGUCGUACUCUGGCCACGCCGGCAACAUUAAGCGGGCGAUCUUUGCCCGGAACGACAAGUACGUGAUUAGUUGCGCCGACGAUAAGACUUUGCGUCUGUGGGAUCGCUCGGCCGGGCAGGAAACGAUGCGUGUUGAGUUCACCGCCCAUCCGAACAGUCUGGAGCUGUCUCGCGAUGGAAACAUACUGACAGUGACGUACGGGUCCAAUGUUGCCUUCUUCGAGACCGAAACGCUGAAGAAAAUGAAGGAAAUCAUGGUACCGACAAAGGUCAGCUCGGCCAGUUUACAUCCGGACAAGCAGAUAUUUGUUUGCGGCGGUGAAGAUUUUAAAAUGUACAAGUUUGACUACAUCACUGGCAACGAAAUUGAAUCCUUCAAGGGCCAUUUCGGGCCGGUUCACGCGGUGAGCUUUAGUCCGGACGGAGAGCUGUACGCCAGUGGUUCGGAAGAUGGCACACUGCGGUUGUGGCAAACUACGGUCGGCAAGACUUACGGUCUGUGGAAGUGUACCGAGCCGACGGACCUCAACAAUUCUGUCAACUCGUCUAGCCGUGAAGUUACUGCCAACUGAAAGUUGCCGGGGAAAAGUUGGACAUUGAACAUAGCUCUCACUCGUAUCAAAACGAUGUGUGUAUGGAUGUGAAAGAAUGCGUAGUCCUCUUCUUUUCCUUCCAUUCUGUUCUGCUGUUGGAAGCCGCAGAAUUUAAUUAUUUAUCCCGCCAACUACCUUAUACAGUGUAACUCCUACGAUUCAUUACGUUAUCCACUUUCAAGAUAGUGAACAGUGUGUGUCCAUUGCUUAGAACUUUACAGGAAGUGUAUCGCGUACAUAUAAGUAAUUUAUUAUUUCAAUAAUUAAAUUACGUUUUUCCAUUCGAAGGUUGAA